CUCAGACAUACCCACGAGCUCUGACUUCAUACAGAUGCCACGACUCUCCACCAAUCACAAGGGCCGAACGCGGUAUCCAAUCAGAGCGGGACAAGACAGAUGAGGGUGGAGAUGUACGCAUGCGCAUUAUCAUCACGGACCUAGACGCUGUAUUAGCCGGUAAUGACUAGCUUAAGGCUAGUUUUUUAGAUUAAAAUAAGUUCCCCAAAUCUUAUCUCACUUUCACUUUCAGCCUUUUAUGCGGUAAGAAUGUCUUUUUUCGUCACUGUAUACCCAGACUCGCUAUUUCUUUAUUAACGUGUUGGUUAAAGAUUUGGUUUGUGCUAACCACUGUAUGCUAGUUAGCAUGAUUUUGUUAUCUCGACCUCCUGAUAGGAAGUCCUUGUAUUUUGUUGAUAGAUGUGAUUUAGUUCAGUCAGUUUUAUAUCUUACAGCGUCUGUUACGGCGUGUUUAGAGUUUUUACAGUCAGCUUAACAGUUUUAAUCUGCUCCUUGUACAGUUGAUUCUUGCUAAAGUACCACCUGAGGAUCUGGAUCAUCUCCAUCAUCAUCAUCAUGUCCUGUAAGAACCUCCAGCUCGUCCCGCUGCUGCUGUGUCUGCUGAGUGUGGGAGUCUCAGCCGUGGAAAUCCAGCGUCCUCGCGGUGUCCCUCUGUCAAGUAUGUUUUUAUUACUAAAUCACAGCUAAUGAGACAGAUCAGAGUGAUUAACCCUUCCCUGGUUUGUUUCUGUUGCACUGACUCAUUUAUUUGUGUAUGACCUCUGCAGAAAGGCAGUUCUAUGAAGAGGACAAACCCUUUACCUGCCUGGAUGGCUCCCGGACUAUCCCCUUUGACAGAGUGAAUGAUGACUACUGUGACUGCCAGGACGGCUCUGAUGAACCAGGUGUGUACAGCUUCAUACCCCAGUAGUGCAAAGUUUUAUUUCUUUAUUUUAAGAAGCUAAAAUACUGACCAGCUAUUAAAAUGUAAUAGUAAUCAUGUUUGUUUAUGUAGCACGUAUAGCUAUGAUUGCCUUGAUGUAGUGAUUUGAAAUAUGAAAUAUGGCUCAUCUUACCCCACUCUCCCCUACAAAGAGCCAUUAAAAGCUUCUGGACGGAGGAAACAACAAAUGAAACAAUAAAUACCCUAAAUAAAUAAAUGAGUUAAUAAAAAACUAAAAGGAGGUCUUUUGAUAAAGAUAUGUUUUCAUUAGUGUUUUAAAAGAAGACACUUGUGUAGCUUGUUGGAGAUCCUCAGGCUGGUUGUUCCACAACUGAGGAGCCUGAAUAGCAAAAGCUUUACCUCCUUUAGAGUUUAAAUGUGGGAUGUGAACAUUAAGAAGGUUCCCACCUCAGGAUCCAAGGCUACACACAGGACAGUAUGGGGACAGCAUGGCCAGACCAUGGAGUGCUUUAAAGUAAUGGUAACACCUUAAAAUCAAUUGGAAAAGAAAUAGGGUAAGGUCAUCUAAACAGGAUUAAUAUGCUCUUCUUAGUUUUAGUUAGAAGUCCUAGCUGCUGAAUCUGAACUAUUUGGAGGCAAGUUAUUAAUUCCUGUCAAAAUGCUGUUACAGUAAUGUAAUCGUGAGGAAAUAAAAGCAUGAAUAAUAGUUUGGGUGUCAUUAAAAGUCAGCACAGACCUCAUUCUGGUGAUAUUCUGUAGAUGGUAGAUACAGGAAUUGAAUCUGGGCAAUCCAGUGCAUCUCAGUACAACAGCUCCAGCAUAAAUUCGGUGAGACCAGCCGAGCUUCUGUGAGUCUAACAUUCAUGUUUAAUCCAACUUUUUCACAGGCACUGCUGCUUGUCCCAACGGCAGCUUCCACUGCACUAAUGCUGGUUACCGACCUGCUUUCAUUCCCUCUUCCCGCAUCAACGAUGGAAUCUGUGGUAUGAUUUCCAAACUGAUCACAAUAACUUAGAUAUGUCAUGUGGGCAGUUUUCUUUAGUAACCCUGUGUUCUGUGUGCAGACUGCUGUGACACAACAGACGAGUACAACAGUGGUGCAACAUGUCAAAACACAUGCAGGUAGGUCAUUCUUGACAACCUUUAUCUUGCUAUUUUACCAGUGGCCUAAUCCAUGCCCCUGCAUGCAUACUUCAUUUAAAUCAUACUGUGAGUGUUUUCUUGUAAUGUGUGAUUGCAGGGAAAUGGGGCGUAAAGAGAGGGAGAGCCUGCAGAAGUUGGCAGAAAUUGCAAAAGAGGGUUUUCUGCUUAAGCAGCAACUUAUCCAGGAGGCCAAGAGGGGCCAAGAAGAUAAGAAGGUGGGAGAACAUUUUUUGUAUUAUGUUUAAAAUGUACAUCUAUGAAUUCAGUAUUUAGAAAGUGCCUAGACUAAUUGUUCCAUCAAUUAUUAUUCUAAGAAUAUCUUGCUGAUUCAGAAUGGACUUGUUCAUAUCAAGAAAAUUCUGUUGUAGGUCUCCUAUAAAGUAAAUGAAAGAUUUGAGAUGAGCUGCCAGGCUGUUGCUUUUCUUCUAGUAGGCAUAAAGUAGUUCUUUCACAUGAGGCAGUGACUUUUAUAUCAAUAUAAUGGGGUUUUCAGAUGUUGUAUUGGUCUUAUAUGGAAAACUCAUAUGUCUUAUUUCGGGGGGAUAAACAGGCCAAACUUGUGGAGGUUCAAUCCAGUAAGAAGGAUCUGGAAGAGAAGGUGGAGGCUCUGAGAACUGCAAAAGAGACCGUAGAGCAGCCCGAGAAAGAAGCCAAAGAGCGCCAUCUGAAGGCCUGGGAAGGUAAAAAGGAAAUGUAGAAGUAUAAUGCCAUCUACUGUCUGUGCCGAACAUCACAUUACAGAAAGACUCAACAGUUUUAGUGACCGUUUUGCUUUCACUAAAAACACCUGAUGAUAACGAUGAAAUGUUUUACAUAUGUUCACACAAACCUUUAUUUAUUUAUUUCUUUAUUUUCAGAUGAGAAAGCUGUGAUUCGCCAAGAGAAAGACAAAGCUAAAUUGGCCGGAGUGUUUCUUGAACUGGACAAUGAUUCAGACGGAUUGUAAGUAUCAGCGCAAGAGAUUUUAGUUUAGAGUCACCUUUAGCAACAAAAAACAUUCAUAAAGUAGUGGAUGUCAUGGUUUAAAAUUUCUUUAACUUGUAAAACAACAUACAAAAAGAAACAUUGGCAUUUUAAAUAGUAUGUAACAAAUCACACAAAAGAUUCUGCUCAUGCAUAUUUCCAGAGAGAUGAUUCUAUUGUACCAAACCUUUUGUGUUCCUCUCACUGAUAAAUUUUUUGACUGAUCUUUAGUUUAUGAAGUUGGGGUCAAUAUAAAGAACUGCUGCUUUCACUUUGUGGAUAAUAUGUUCUUGUUUAUUUCAGUGUCUCAGUUGCUGAGCUCCUGUCCCACUCUGAGCUCGACCCGGAUUCAGACGGUUCAUUCACAGAAGCAGAGGCUCAGGUAAAUGUCUCCCUCUCUACGGCGGCGCUUCUGUCAUCACUGAACAAAAUAAACUGAGGAUUACUUUUGGUUUGCACAGGGACUUUUUGGAGGCGUGGACAGAGUUGACACAGUGGCAUUUGAGUCUAUUUGGAAUAACAUCAAAGAAAAGUACAUCUCAGAGGUAAGCUGACUACUCCUCAGGAGAACUUCACGUUUUUAAAUCCUGGCUCUUCUAAAACUGAAACUCUCUGUAUCAGGUCAGCCCAGACACCCCGGCACCAGUGGAGACUCCACCAGAGGAACCAAGGGACGCGGUCGCUGACAAUGACUCCGAGCAGUACCCUGAUGAUGACAUCCCAGAAGAAGAGGAGGACGAUGAAGAAGAUGACGAAGAUGACCCAGAUGAGGGAGACUACAAGGUAUCCUGUGCUUGUUGAGUUUUCUCCACCAGACAUCUGCUGUGUGGCUCUUCUUCUUCUUCUUCUUCUCUGGUUUAUGUAAGUGAAUCACUCCUGUCUGUGUCUGACAUGCAGACCCCUCCUACAACACGGACUCAAGAAAAGAGGAAUGACGAUGACGAGGGGACUAUGCCACCCUACGACCAAGAAACGCAGAGCCUUAUUGAUGGUAAGUGUGUGGAUGAAAAAGGAGUGACUCAGCCUGUCUCCAGCGAUGAGAUGGUGACUCAUGCUGUAAAUUAUUAGGAAGAAAGCAAAGAUUGAACAGGAUACCUACUGGUUUGAAUUUUAAUGCGCUAUCUAUAAACUCAACCCUUGUUUUUGCUCGUAUGUUUGAGAGAUAAACGACAUGUCUUUGACAAAAGAAUCAGCAUGAUCUGCUUAGAGGUAGAUGUACGUAACUCUAAGUACGUCAUGCCUUUGUGUGCGUGAUCUAAGCGGAGGUCAAAUUUGUUUCCUAGCCGCACAGAAAGCCAGGGAUGAAUUUGAUGAGGCAGAGAGAGCUCUCCGGGAAGUGGAUGACCAGAUAAAGUAAGUACAGAGUCUGAGAUAUGAAGGAGCUGUUUGUAAAUAACACAAAAUAGAAUAGUGCUGAUCAAAAGCUUGUCUUAGAAAAAUGUUUGCAGUGGAUUAAAAACUUCUAAGUUGAAGACUUUCCUGCUAAAAGAUUAAAAACAUUGAUUUACUUCUUUUCUUUUGCAGGAACAUUGAAAAGGAAAUCUCCUUUGAUUUCGGCCCUCAUGCUGAGUUCGCCUACCUCUACAGCCAGUGUUACGAGCUGACUACGAGCGAGUAUGUGCACACUCUGACUCUCUUGGUUAUGAACCGUUUCUCUUUAUGAAUGACUAAAUUCAUGUUUUGCUCGCAGGUACAUCUACAGGCUCUGCCCGUUCCACAGAGUAUCCCAGAAACCCAAGUUUGGAGGAUCAGAAACUAACCUGGGGUAAAAAAAGGAGCACAAAACACAAAAGGAAGAAAAACAGAUUUACUCUUUCUACAUUUGACUCAUCCUGUACCGUUUUUACAGAACAUGGGGGAAGUGGGCAGGUCCAGAGAACGACAUCUACUCUGUGAUGAAGUAUGAACAUGGAACAGGGUGCUGGCAAGGCCCCAACAGAUCCACCACAGUGAGUUUCAUACUCUUUGCCCAUCUCAAAUUUUCAAUUUCCUCAACCUUUUAGUUGGACACAGGGCAGAAAACAAAUAUUCUUUGUUUUUCAGGUGAAGUUAACGUGUGGGAAGGAGACUGUCGUGACAUCUACCUCAGAGCCCAGCCGCUGCGAGUACCUGAUGGAGUUCAUAAGCCCUGCUAUCUGUCAGGAGCCUCCUAGUCUGGAUUCGGGGCAUGAACACUCAGAGCUGUAGAUCGUCAUUAAUUGUGAGUAAAUCAACAUUUAAAUUCAGCUGCAAAGAUGAAUUUAAAUGUCUUAAAUAAAAAGGGCGUGGCCCGAACAGUGCCGUCUGUCGCAGGACCAGAUCUUUUUUUGCGAUCCACAUCUGAAAUUGAAACCGUCUAACUGGGCCAUGAUUUGGCUCAAUGCACUAAUGUGCUGCACCUACACAGAACAAACGAUCACCCUUCAUAGAAAGUGCUUACUGUAGCAACCUGCAAACUCGUGACAGCCAGCGGAGUCAGAAAACUAAGCGCUUAAACAGGGUGUUGUGGAGAACAUCCCUUGAGCAGUUACAGAAGAAAAGCAGGACAGCAGCAAGAGAAAGAGAAAGGUAAUAGUGACCUCAUUUGAGUUCAUCGUAGGUGAUAAGUUCAGGGAGGAUUCAGUAUAUAUCCUGGCAGUAUGUGGGCGAGGUAAAUGCAUACAACUGCUGCAUAUUAAUUAUUGAUAAACUGCAGUAUUUCAAUUGUGACACCUUUUAAAUGUGUUCCAAGGAUAAUGAUCAUUCAGCCUUUUACUUGUCAUAGUUUAGAGGAGUGUAUGUAUCUUGCUCCAUUUCAUUUAGUAAGGGAAUACAAAAGUAUUAGGAGGCUAUAUGAAUGUGUCUCAGACCUUAAUCAACACAAGAUCUAACACUUAUGUUAAUAGCGACUCUGGAAUAUUACCCAGAGUAGAUAUUUCACAGGUGUGAAAAGCUUAGUCCGUGGAAAUUGAACCUACAGGGAUUAAUUGCAACUGAAUAGCUGUUUGUUUUAACAGCUAGAAAGUCAUGACCUCGGCAAACAAGCCGUUGAGAUAAACGCCUGUAUCGUUGCUCUUGCAGGUUUUUUCUUAAGGGACCACAGUCACCGCAGCAACGCGAAGUUGCUAUGCGAUGAGGGGCUUCGCCUGGGUGUCAGUUAACGAUCAAGAAUGAAGGAUGGAAAUUUCACAGAGUAAGCACUUCUCAAUUCCACUGCGACCUGUUGUGAGGCUCCCCUGAAAUGUGUCCAAUGUAGACAUUCCAUUGUUUUCUCCAAUAAAGUUCAUUUUAUCAGAUUACAAACUUGUGUCCAGGACCUGCUGUUAUAACUGAGCUUGAAAAUAACCCUUUUGGUGUCCAAAUAAAACAGGCAAAAUGUCUCAUAAAAUAAAGUAAAAUACACAACGAAAGAUGCAUUUAUUUUAUGCAUCCGCUCAAAAGACAAUAAAAGUUGGCCCACUCAAUAUUUGUAACUUUUAUUUUAUUUUUUUCUGGCAUGUAAAGUACAAAUAAUUAAACAAUUCCAUGAAAAAGUCUUCAAGCGUCUUCAGCUGAAAUCCCAGUAAUAAAUAUCCUAGACUAAACUGAAAGGUUUUAUUUUUUUUUUCUUUGUUAAAUUUGAUCAUUGUUCAUUUGGUCAUGUUUGGAAGUAUGAGAUUUUGUAUUUCUUUCACUGACGGUGGUGUCAGCAGAACUGUUUUGAUCAUUUUCACCUUUGAUUUGUUCUACCAUUCCAGGAAAAUGUAAGAAAAACAUCACUAAGUUACUGCGUCCCCUCUUCUAAAUAAAUAGACACAAAAUACAGUUGGUUGAGAAACAGAAGGACCACUCACCCCUUUUCUACCCUAAAGACUCCCAAGAAAACCUUCCUGCAGCUUUUUUUCUGAUCUCAGAUUUAGUCAGAGCUCUUGGCUGGACUCUUGAAUAUAUUUUGCUGCUUUCUUUUAAUCGGACAAAUCGAUAUUGGAAAUGAUCCAGAUGAUCUAAGCAUCCAAUGUUCUUGCAGAGACAGAACCCUUGAGGAACAUUAAACCAUCGGCUUAAACAGGAAAGCAUCUUGAGAGUGUUUCAAACCCAGGACAGCCCCUCUGUUCCUGGCUAAUUGCUGGACCCUCCGUUGGGCCGGAGCCUAGCUACAGGGGCUGUCCCAUGUCUCAGGGGUUCGCCGAGUGGUUGAAAAAACAAGACUGUGAUUAGAUUAAAUAAUUAAAAGAUAUUCAUUUAACAAGACAAACAGAACACAGGCAGUAAAGGCAUAACAUCUAGCACACAGCAUGUAUGUUUAUACACUUCAAUUAGGUAAAUAUAGCAGUGCAUUCUUUGACUAUGGAGAACGUUUCCAAAUCGUACUUCUAAAGCUGUUUUUCUAUUUGUCCCCCUUUUUAAGAAACGAAAUGGUGUAACCACAAUUUUGGCAAACUUAAAAUCUUUUAAACUUGCAAAUAUAAUGAAAUAAACCAUAAAUAUACACAAAACAUACUUUAUACGAGGCAAUAAUAAUAAUCAUAAUAAAUAGUUUUUAAGUUAACAAUAAGUUAAAACUACAAGCUUAAAGUCGCCCAAAUAAUACAAGUUUGUUGGCGCUAUUUUGAAUUUUUUCUGUUUAAAUUAUUUUAUGUUGCAACAAAAGCUACCACAGACUUUUACAAACACAAUUGAACACAGUUUGAUUGAAAUAAAAAAAUCUAACUAAGUCUAAAAUCUGCAUACACUGUAAAAACUGCAACUAAUUAAAUAAUGGAAGAAAAAUAAACGGUAUCCAAUCAAUGCAACCAAACAAAAUCUUUGACCCAUGUGUGUUCUCUAUGGCAACAUCAACAACACAAAUACGCUAAUUUAACAAGUGAGUCUUGAUAUGUAAAUGAAAUCAAUAAAUUACAGGAAAAAAAAUGAUAUUUGAAAUUGACAUGGGCUAAAACUGAUGAUAUAUUAGACAGUAUUCCUUUCAAGGUCAUUUGAAUUGCUCUUUUAAGUCAGCCAGAUAUGUGUAUUGUUUGAGCUUGCAUGGUCAGAGCACAAAUUAGGGGCUGAGGAAGUGAUAAUGGAAAUUUCUAGAUCAGAGCUCUCAUAGUUUGUUUGUUUGUUUUUUUAACGAAUCUGUUUAAUUUUGACGUUUUUUGUCCGAACUUUUUGCUCCUUUCGUUAUUCCGCAAACCUUUCAAGUGUGACGUUUAAUUUCUUUUUUAAAAAAUAUAUAUCAUUUGUAAUCAGUCAAUAUAAAAACAAAGCACAUUGCACUUACUGUUCCAUAGGAAAGUUUUUUUGUCUUUUUAAACCAUUAGUGUUGUUGUUGCUCAAGCAGUGUAGUACUGUUUCCUGCCAUUGUCCUUGGCUCUCUACUGUUCAUCAGCUGUAGGUCUUUGUUUAGGUUGUGUGUGGAGGGUCGUUCGGGGGCUGUGGGUUUUGGUCUGUGGGUUGACUGUACUACAUCGGACAUGGCCGGGCAAACAACUCCAGCUGCAGCUCAACGUGGCCUGUUAUCUCGGUUGUUUCAAACGUCUAUCACUGGUCUUACCAAGUACUCAGUCCUAUCGUGCUCUCUCUUUUGCAAAUUGCUCGACCCAAAAUAGCUGGAUUAGUCCUUUUUUUAUGUGGCCAGCUCUGAACACAAAAGCAACUAUCACUCAAGAUAUUUCGGGAAUGAAACAGUAUGAGUCAGAUCGAAAGAUGCCAGAGUAAGGUGUGCAAUGUUAACGCUUUAAAGGAUUUAAUCGGUCACAAGACAAAGCAGAUGAUAUAAAUGUCGGGGGAAUACAUUAUAUGGAUGUGUACAAUUUUUUUCCUUCGUCAAGAGGUGAACAUCAUAUUUCUUCUGAUAUGCCUUUUUUCGUCAUUCCGUGUCUACAUGACAUUUGUGCAAAUAGGAUUGCUUGCAACUGUUUCAUUUUUAGCAUUUGGUUUAGUGGUUUUAGGAUUUGCAAAUGCAAACUGAUAUGCGCAACUUAGAUAUUUAAAAGUAAUGAUAAAUGAAAUUGGAGAGGGUCCUUUUUCAAUAAAUAACAUAGAUUUGUACAGCAAUUAAUCAGGGAAUAAUAUAGUUAGUCUUAAUUUAUGCUUAGUACUGACUUGCAAAGCAUUUCUUUGGCAAAAAUCAAUUCUAUCUAAUUAUAAAGAAUCAUGCUCAAUGUUCAUUGUGAAUCUGUUUCACUGUUUGAAUUUGAGUUUUUACCUUUUUUUUUUUAUUUGCAAGCAGCUAUUCAGUUUUUCAGCUGGGCAGCGAGCCAGUCUCACUGCAGCUUUGUCUGGGAUUCUCAAGUCAAAGAACUUCACUUCACUGCACCAUCAUUAAAGCAACACUGUACACAACUUCAGGACAAGAGAUGUGAGUGUGUCUAUGCACUCAAAAGUACAGAUGUGUCUGUCGGGGUUUACCCCAACUCUCAAUGUUUCUUUUUCUUUCAUUUUUUUUUUAGUUUUUACAUCAAAUUGAUUUCAUUCGUCUCAAUUGUUUUGAUAUGGUUGUACGGUUAAGUUGGUACGAGAUACAAUGUUCCUUCGCCCCCUCCAUAAAUCCCCACCCAUACACCGCAUGCUCACUCCCCCUUACUCUGCAAAGAUCAGAGGGUUUAAAAUAAAGCCAUGCGAUGUCCCAAUUUUUUCCAAGCUUAAGAAUCUGUAAAAAUUCAGCACAAGGUCUUGUUCCUUUGUAUGUAUAAAAAUAGAUUUAUCUUUAAUGUAAUCCUUUCAAAGAGAUCGUCCUCUUUGGCUAACACAGCGUCAUUUAGAAAAGCAAAAGCAAAAAUGUCUUGAAUAUACUUGACCUUAUUUAAUCUAUAAUCAUGUGCGAAUGUCUUGAUAUUGUUAGACAUUAGCUCUCCCCAUGGUUAAUCUAGGUCUGGUCUUUAACAGACAUUCAACUAGACAGGUUGGCAUUAAUGUUUCAUCAAGGGUGCCAUAAAUAAUUUCCAUGCAGUUGGGUUGGGGAUAUUUUGAGAGAUGCUAUUUUUGUGGUCGGGCCAAACAGAUCUGAAGCAAAUAAAUAAAUAUCAUUCUGCUGUAAACAGAAGUAUAAUUAUGACACUAAUUUGAAGGCUUGAUGUUGUACAGUCAUCUUUUGAGAGGGCAGGAGUUUAACGUUUCUGGGAAGCUUUGAGGAGAAAAGAGGGGUUUAAAAUAAAAUCGAGGAACAUUUGGCAAAGCUGAAAGAAGUGGUAAUCUUUCUCCUUAGAGGAGGGGUGAUAAUUUGAACAUUGCCAGAUAUCAUCGCUCACACACCUGACUCUUAAGUCAGUUUUAAAUGGUCAGUUAUUGGAACCAAAGUUCUUCUUAAUCUGCUCUUUGUAAGUUACGACAGUAUAUGUUCCACUGAAUGGUCAGAUCUGACCCUGUUCACUGGACGUCAGAAUAAUACCGGUGCUUUUGUGUUUUUUGCUCCUGUAGACCUAUGAAAUCUUGCCCAGUCAAUGGGAUAGGUGAUAAGGAAGGAAAUACUACCCCCGAUCAUGGCUGACAAAAACCUCCAAUUGAAACAGCUCGUGGAGAAUUGAAAAUCCAGGUGCAGUGGAGAAAUGGUGCAAAAAUGAGAGAAAAACCACCGGUAUUUUUCUUUGGCUGUGGCUGUCACGGUGAAAAGGUUUCCCCUUACACUCGUCGUGCCCCUGCCCACCAGAGAGUUACUAAUGAACGGUGAAACCACGGGAGCACUGCCACUCUGCUCUAAGUUUACAGACAGUCUGCUUGUGUUGAAUCCAUCCUGAAGAUAGAUUAGAAGAAAUACAGAUACUUUUUCUGAGGACUAAAUAUUUAUAUAUCUCCUAGACUUUGAUCUGUGUUUGUGUGAUACAUAAGUGUACUAUUGUGUUGUUUGGCGUGAGACUGUGAGGGAAAGAGUGAUUCUGAUGGCCUUCGGACUACUCCUUUUCAGUGACCAGUAUUCAUUGGUUGACCUAAAUCUAACUGGGUCUGAGCUAACAAGCUCACAUAGGGUAGAGAAACUGCCUUUACGCUAGGCACCACCUAAUGAAGGUCAGGAAACAGUAGUCAAAGUUUCUAGAAAAUGCUUACAUACUCGGCUAUUAUAACCACCUUAAAUAUUGAAUAUAUAGUUAUAUUUUUAAUAGACGUAUAUAAGAGAACACUGUUUUUUAAUUUCAUUUUCUUUGAUCUAAAAAAAUCGCUGAUUCAAAAUGCCCAAGUGUAAAAAAGUGACUACAUCCUCUCCAGCAAGAUAAAGGGAGAGAUGGUGGGGUAAGAGUUUAGGUAAAUUGCACAUAUUCUAUAAUUUAAAUUUGAUCGAUUUGUUCAUCAGUCGUUAUCAUUUGCCUGAAUUCAAUCAAAGCACUCAGUACACAUUCUCUGUCACAUUCGUUAAACUGUCUCCUAAAUAGAUAGCUCUUGCCCCUACCCAACAAACCAGCUACGUACCCCUUCUAAUUCAAUCCAGGCAAAUAUAGGGAAGGACUAGCAUGUUGUGUAAAGAGAAAAGAAAAACUCCACUAGUGUGUUUGUUUGAAACUCUGACGUGUGUAUGCUUCUGUAUGGACAUGUGUGCAUGUGUGUGUUUGCAUGUCUGUGUCUGGGAUAAUAUACUAUGAAUUUGUGUGAGAAUGUGUCAGAGAGAGACUCAGUCCAGGCCCAUGUAGAGUGAUGGCAGAGGGAGCUCGGGUGGCUCUCCCUGCAGGUCGAAGGAGCUGGUGCCAGCGGCCUCUCUCUCUCAGGCCUUGUGCUGCUUGCUGGUCUUGAAGGAAACCUGCAGCACACGGUCACCCAGGCGGUAGCCAUUAAGGCUAGCAAUAGCCAUGGCUGCUUCGUCGUAAUUGGUCAUGGUGACAAAGCCAAAGCCCUUGCAUUUGUUGGUGGUGAAGUCACGGAUGACCUUGACAUUGGUGACAGCGCCAAAGGGCCCAAAGAGCUGCCACAGGACGCUUUCAUCCGCCUCAGGGGACAGGUUGUAUACAAAGAUGCACCAGCCGGCUCCAGUUGGACCGGUGAGGUUGACUCCGGCCAGGCUGGUCAUGCUGUCGAUGGUGAUGGGGGAGAAUCUGGGGAAGAGAGCAGGAGAACUACCAUGGGUGUCAUUCUGAAGUUCAACACAGCAUUCAGUGAUCUAUACUGUGUCCUAUGGCCAUGUUUCUCACUGAGAAAUAAUCAAGGCAGUAGUUGAGUAUGAAGUCAGGGGACCCCAUCUCCAUCCCCUCUGCUGUACAGUAAGUAGGUAAAUAUGUGUGGGCACCACAGUUGCUCCAAACUACCUGCUUUUGUACAAAAUGGCACUGUGUGCCCUGAGACACACACACCCACACAAUGUGCAAAUUUUCUCAGCUGACCAAAGCCUAUGGAAGAAUUAAACACAUGAAUCACAAUGUUCAACAAAAAUCACAGUAUCGAACAAAACACAGAAACCUAGAGAGGGAUGAAAAGCAAAUCGGAAUCAAAUCAUACACAAACUGGAGCAAACAGAGGAGACGUAAACGGAAUCUGGUAUGUCCAUGCUGGUGAAAAAAAGGGGACAUUAAAGCAACUGAAACUGACAAUGUUAGUUCAUAAAUAAAUACACGUAACUUAUUUCUAUUAAUUUAAAACAAAAGAACGAAAAGGUUAAACAAAGCCAUGCCAGAAUACCCUGCUGUUGGAAGGCUAUAUCAUCGCUAAUUGCGAUUACUGGUAGUAUUUUGUUACCUGGGCUGCGUCUGUAACAUGGCUAAAUGGGCAGUGGGCAUUAAGAAUAAUGGCCAUCAUGUCUGAUUUUAAGAUGAAGUCAGCAGAUGGUAUUCCAGGCACUUUGUUUGAGGUUUAAUUUUGGCAUGGAUGCUUUUGAAAGUACACCUUUGGCAUUUACCUCUUGACUCCGUAGCUGGCGUUUAGUAAAUUGUCGAGUCUGCAACGCAAGAGGGAGAAUGAAGGGGAUGAAGAAGUUAGUUAUGAGAUCUACAAGGAAGGGGGGCUUUUCAGUUAACAUGCUGCUCCUUCACCAGCUGGCCUCCAGAGGGCAUCCUUUACUGCAAACGCAGUCCCAAACCAUCCAACCUCAAACUGAUGCAGUGCAAAGUAUCUCUGAGAAUAUAUGUCCCAGCUGGUGGAUACUUUUCAUUGUUGCUCUUUAAGCUUCAAAAUUUUAAACGUAGGACAUACAAAAGCUGUGGCCCAGAUUAUUCCUAUCUUCUGAUCAAAAUAAUCAGUAAUAGCGAGUAAAUUAGCUGUCAAUCUUGAGGGGCUAUCAGCGGUUGUUUGUGACGUUACAUUAAAUAAUUUUAAUACAUGAUGCCAUUGACUUCCAAGCCUUCGUUUAAAAUAACCUGAUAGACGUCCAAACUCUGAUCAUCUCUACUUUAGGAUAGCUGUAAUGCCUAUGCAAUAUAGGCACACUUCCAGGGUUCAAUAUUCACUCGUGUUUAGCUUUUGUUUACUUAUUGCAGUGGAAAAAUCAAAUCUGGUCUCUUACAUUGGUUUUGAGCUGUUAUUUGGAUCUGGUCCCUUUCCAAGUGAAGGGAUCAUGCUGCAGUUUAAAAGAAAGUCAGAGAGAGAGAGUGAGAAGGAGGGACAAUGCAAUAUUGCCUAUUCCUUCCAUACUAUCAAGCAGUGAUAUUGCUCAAAGGAACAGCCUACUGAUUGGAUGUGUUGAUAUGGACAGGGAGAGCUUUUUAAAAUAUUGUUGAUCACAUUUCUUCUUCAAAUAACUCGAGCACAUUUGCAGUUUUUUUUCUUUUUGGGUGUGCCAUUUCAUUUAAAUAUUCUUAGCUUUUCUCUUUUGCUGUUGAGACUUAACACUUCAAUAAAACCUUUUGGAGACUUGACUUGGGUUGUUGAGUUCGGUUAAGGUUCAGUACCUGAAACGCUGAGUCUGAUGGUGCAGAGGUCCCGUGUAGCGGCGGGCAGCUGUCUGGUACAGCUGAGUCAGUAAGGCCUGGCCUGUCUUCUGGCUGGGGUUAUUGGCGAAUUUGACAGUGAUUGGCUCAGCAGCACCCAAAGGCUUCUGUCCGUUCAGACCUUUGAUGGCCUCCUCCGCCUCAUUUCGCUUGUCAAACCGGAUGAAGCCCACUCCUCGUGAUAUGCCUGCUCCGAAUAAGAAAACAAACCAAUGUUACUACCUUGGCAUCACUUCUGAAAAAAAAAUGUUGCUUUCGUGACAACAUGAAAAGUCAAAUAUACCUGUGACCUGGUCCACUAGGAUGCGGGAUGUGAUAAUGCGACCAUAUUGGGAGAACAACUGCUCCAUGUCCUUCUGGCUCAUGGUUUUGGGGAGUCCACUCACGUAUAAAUUGGCAUCACGAAUCGAUGCCGAGCUUGGCCGGGCAUAUGAUACCUACACACACAAGUUAGAUAUGUCAGUGAGUGAAUUAAACUUGGUUUCGUAACGUCUCUAUCAGAGAAAUGAUUGCAGGAUCUGAUGUAACCCCACUCAGUUCCAAACGAGUUUAGUCUCCACUAAGUCCCAACUGUCUCCCUGCUAUCUGUGGACUUAAUCAGUGUCUUUAAACUCGCUAUCAGCUUCAGCGAGGCUGUCACAGAAACACCAGGAUGAUUGUAACCAUUACCCAAACUGAUACCAGUCAUCAGUUAACAAGCCCGAGUGUCAGCUCUGUUUUGCACUCCAAAACGUCAUCCUAAAUUGAUGCAUUUUCCUGAAUCCACUGGUGACUUAAUUAGUGCACAGCCAUUUUUGGUGCGUCUGUGUUUAUAUCCCUCAUGGUUUUCUGUUGGUCUACUUUCCACAAUAUUUUCAAUCUAGUGCUGCAGAGGAAUAUCUGAUUGACUGAGGGUGGGGGGAAAACUCAUAAAUAUAUUCUUGUUGUGUUGUUGACAGGAGCAUGCAAGCACAUUUGUGGAAGAUAAUCCAGUUCAGUGCAUUGUUAACCGUGCUGUGUUUGUGUGUGAUGCGGAGACAGAGUGAGUGUUGUCUGAGAUAGGCUGAUCUGCCCUCCCUGCCCUUCCUCCUUCCUUUGUCUCUAUCCUCAUGGGGAGAGCAGCUCAACUGGCAAACAGCAAACAAUGUAAGGGCAUCACAAGACUCGCACUACUGGUGAACGCUCUGCUCAGGCGCACACUUUGUUUGGAAUAUUUUUUUUUUAAGCACAGUGUUCUCAAAUUUCUGAUAAAAUUGUCAAGUUGAAAUUUUGCUAAAUGAACGGGGCAGAAGGAAAAGCUGUGAUUUGAAUUUAAAUGAAUUGGAAAGGAUCUGUCAAAUGAAUACAGGUGUUCAGAUUUCAUCCAUCAGCACUAAGCACCAGUGUCUUUUGUGUACACAGACAGACUGUAUGAGCAGGAGGGUUGUGUGGUGCAGUGAUUAGGGUGUUCUGGACAAAUCAGGGGGGAGUUGCUGUGUUCGGGGAGCAGAGGCUGCCCUAUAAUUAACCCUCUCCCUGUCGCUCCCACAGUACAGAUGGUGCCUGAAGCCCAUAUGGCCUCUAAUCCUGUCAUUGGCAUUCUGCUCCCUGAGCUACCCCCUACCCUUCCAC